AUGGUGAUAAUCCACCCGGGUAUACCCGUUUCCGGUUACUUCCCAAAAAAGGGAAUACCAUCGAACGUUUACAUUCCAAUCUGCAGAGUUUCCUACAACAAAAAAGGACAACUGCAGCUCAAGAACGCGAAGUUCAUCCAGUUCUGUCAGGACUCCGGCAUCAAGCUUGAGUUUGCCUCUCCAAACACCCCACAACAGAUCGGAGCGAACGAGCGUGCGGGGCGCACGAUUCUUAACAUCGUGCGCUGCCUUCUCGCUGACUCGACUCUACCGGACUUCCUUUGGGGGGAGCUAAUACAUGCGGCUGUCUACCUGAGCAACCGGACUCCUCACGCAGCUGUGCAAAACGGGACGCCGUACAAGGCGCUCUACGGCAAGGACGCCUGCCUUGGGCACCUUAGGGCGAUAGGGUCGAGGGCGUUCGUGCACGAAGAGCCUCACACCAAGAACCGGAGUACCGCGCUUGGGAAGGACGGCUCGUUGGAGACACCUCCCGUUUCGCUUUCGCUAGAUGCACGUGGUUUCGAAGACGGAGAGUGCACAUACGACGACCGUAACGACAUGGUACGAGACGUGCGCAACCAUGCCUUCAAUCAUUUGGUUCGGCCGACCUCUCCCAAUCAUGCCGUUGAGGACCCGUCUGUGGCUGAUCUUCUUGAGCAAAUCCGUCAGACGACCGAUCGCGACCUUGGAUUUCGUUCUGCUGGUUCCCCUCCCGGUUCUGGAGCAUCUGGUGAUUCUGGAGGAACAGUCCAACCGGAUGUUCCAAAGACCAUCGAAGAAGCCCGAGCAUCCAAGGACGCAGCACAGUGGAUCGCUGCGGCCGAACGGGAGAUUGCAGACCUUAAAGAUCGCAAAGUUUACAAGCUCGUCCUGCGUUCGACCGUUCCCCGAGGGAGACGAAGGAUCAACUUCAGAUGGGUGACCCAAAGCGUCCGGGUUUUACUAUGCAUCACCGUUGAAUUCGACUUGAUCAUCGUUCAGAUGGACGUCACCGCUGCUUUCCUCUACGCGGACAUUCAGGAGGACGUGUACGUCGAACAGCCACCGGGCUUCGAGGUUAAAGGCGAGAAUGGAGAGGACCUCGUGAUGCUGCUGCAGAAGAGUCUCUACUGGCUGGCUCAAAGCCCCGGGAACUGGUUCCACACCAUCGACCCGUUCCUGAUUUCGAUCGGUUUCGUCCCGCUCAAGCCUGACCCGUGUGUCUACUUCUACGACCACGACGGCUCCCAGAUGUACCUGACCCUCUCCGUUGACGAUCUCCUCCUGGCCGGCAACAACUCCGACGCCCUCUCGAUUGCAUCACUCAUCUCGGGGAUGGAGAUCAAGAGGGACCGUGAGCGCGGCACUUUAUCCAUCUCUCGGGAAGCCUACAGCAAGUCUAUCCUCGACCGGUUUGGGAUGUCGGCCUGCAAGCCGACCAGCACGCCCGGCCUCGGGCCGGGGCCCUCGAACGUGCAACCGGAGGAAACUCUCCUGAACCAGGAGGAAACGCGACGGUACCAGGGCAUCGUGGGGUGCCUCAUUUACCUCUCUCAAAUACUGCGUUACGACAUCAUGUACGCUACAAGCCAACUGGCUCGCCCGAUGGCGAAGCCGAGCAAGAAUCACAUGGGGGCAGCGAAGCGCACCUUCCGCUACCUCGCUGGCACGACAUAUUUCAAGAUCCCCUACAAGAGGGGAGGCUUCAAGCUUACAGCCUUCACGGACUCCAACUGGGGAAACAACCCGGACAACGGAAAGUCCACCUCUAGUCACCUAACGAUGCUAUGCGAUGCACCGAUGGCGUUCAAGUCUGGGCUACAAAGCCUGACUACUCAAUCGACCAUGGAGGUGGAGCUGGUUGCUGCGGCUCUGGCGAUAAAGGAAGCAGUGUUCUGCUCCAACAUACUGACUGAACUUGGAUUCGGCAAGGAGCUUGCGCAAGUACCGCUGUACGGCGACAACACGGCGACCCUACACUCGCUGGGGAACCGUUCCUACAGCUCGACCACGAAGCACAUCGCGCUUCGAUUCUUCUUUAUCCGAGAGCUCGUGUCGGAGGGAAGGAUCGCCAUCCACUACGUCCCGGCCGACAGCAACCCCGCCGACAUCGGCACCAAGCACCUCAACAAGGACCGCUUCCAACUCCUACUCAACAUCAUCAAGAAUUUCAACGUGAACGACUUCAUCAACAGCAAGUUCAAAUAUAUAGUAGUGUUACAUGUUUGUGUGUUUACUUUUAGUCUACUCUUUCGGUAA